AUGUUAUCGAGUAGAACAACUAUUAGUAAUAGUAAUGACAAUAAUAAUAAUAAUAACAAUAACAAUCAUAGACGACAAUGGUCUGAAAGUACUAUGGCAACAGAUAAAUCAAUGCGGCUUUAUAAAGAUAUAGAUUUUAAUUUACAAUUUAUUAUUUUUCAAGAGAAAAGAAAAUUCAUUUUCAUAGAUGAUGAUCGUCAACUUAUUCAAAGUUUGGUUAGUGAAUAUCUCUUGGAAGUUUCGAAUGAUGUUCUUGAUCUUAUUCGAAAUUGUCCAAAUGAAUGUUUCGAGAUUGUAUCAAAUAAUAUUGCAUGCUGUAAUCUGUAA